UUGAUAUUUAUUUAUGUUGGUUCCAUUUAUGGGACAACAUCGAAUAGCGGAAGAAUGUGGUUGCUUCUCACGAUAGCGUGUUUAGUAUCCCAAGUUGGCGCAUUGGAGCCACUACCAGAUCGAGCAACACUCAUCAAACGCCUGGACUGGAUAGAUAGCGUAUCCACACAGGCCAGGGCUUGUCGUAGACUUCCACCUGGUAUACCCAAAUUGCAUUUGGGUUACAAUCUUGGCUACCUCGACCUACUGCCAUUUGAAGCUGGACGGGAUGUAGGGGAAAGACGAAACCUGGUAGACUUUACAUGCAACGAAAACAAGACCUGGGUUAGCCCUUAUAAUGGGCGUACCUAUGAUUUACCGGAUCAAUUGGCAACACUAACAACAGUUCCACGAGGAGCUCUGACGUACGAUUCUUACUUAUGGAAGUCCUAUAACGAGCUGACACGUACAUGGACUCGAACAAUUGGCAUUGAAUUCCUUGGUGGGCUAUUCGGCUUCAGCAGGACCAAGACACGAUCUAUUACUACAAUCCACUACCAGAAGAGAUUUAUGGAGGACGUCACAAGCUUUGUAUCGGGAACAAGAGCGGAGUUUCACCCACCAUGGCUGAUGCAGCUAAGUGCUGCUGCACUUGACUAUUACAAUCGCUAUCUCCCAAACACAUACGCUGCGAACCCUGAUGCUUAUGACACUUUCUGUGACUUAUUCGGAACUCACUUCUUCGAAGCUGGGCAAUUUGGAGGGUUACUAAAGAUGUUCAUGGACACAGAAAAGGAUAUGGUGGCAACAUUUGGUGACACGAAAACUAAGAGUUACGCCGAGGGUCUUUUCAUGAACUGGCUGAAAGCAUUGGGAGCCCAUAACAGACCAAACCAGAACGUGGAUCCAAACUUCAUACAUAGCACCCGUGAGUUCAAAAGGUUCUAUGGUGGGAGUGGCAACCUUGCAGACCCCAAUUUCUAUGCUAAAUGGACCCCUACCGUCCCCGGGAAUCCAAAACUAUUUGCCGGCAAUGUGAAACCACUUACUUUGCUUCUCCCAGACAGAACAAAGAUGGCUGCCAUGGAUCAGGCUAUUCAGGUGGCCUUUAACAAAGGCAGAUUGGACGAGAUGAAGAGAACACUAAAUUACUUCAUCAGUACCCUUCAGAAUCUUGAAGUUACCGGAAGUUGGUCUCUCUGCAACCAGAAUACUAUCACUAACUGUCACAUAGCAUCAAGCGGUACAUCAAGGAGCUGCCUGAUAGGCAUUUGCCAGAUCCCCACAUUUGAGAGAGAUUGCACGUUCAGCUGCCAGUAUAAGGCGUGGCCAGAAUUUAGAAGACGCUAUAUUGCAGAAGCUAGAUCUUUGAUUCCACGAAUAGAUGCACAGAUCCGAGGAAAAGCACGGAACAGCCCAUUGGUUAAUACCCUAUAUACGCAAACCGAUGCGUUACUGCUCAAGAUGGAUACAGCGUCCAAUGAAGUCAGACAUUAUUUGAGGAGAGGUAGCCGAGUAUGCAGAUGUCAAGAAGACCCAAAUAAUAUAUGUUCCUGCUAUACAGGGGUCGGACAUAAUCGCAUAGCUUCUUUAAAAGCUCCGCUGGUCUUUUUCAGGGCUUUGUCUGCAGCAAAUGGUUCAUAAGCUGAACUCACAUACCUGCAUGAGGAAGACAUAUGCU